GCUUGCACGCCGGGUCCAACAUGGCGGCAGGACCAAUUUCGGAGCGAAAUCAAGAUGCCACGGUGUACGUGGGCGGCCUGGAUGAGAAGGUGUCGGAGCCUCUCUUGUGGGAGUUGUUUCUGCAGGCCGGGCCAGUGGUGAACACACACAUGCCCAAGGACAGAGUGACCGGGCAACAUCAGGGCUAUGGUUUUGUGGAGUUCCUCAGUGAGGAGGAUGCUGACUAUGCCAUAAAGAUCAUGAACAUGAUAAAGCUGUAUGGCAAGCCCAUCCGCGUCAACAAGGCCUCGGCGCACAACAAGAACCUGGACGUGGGCGCGAACAUCUUCAUUGGCAACCUCGACCCGGAGAUCGACGAGAAGCUGCUGUACGACACGUUCAGUGCCUUCGGGGUCAUCCUCCAGACGCCCAAGAUCAUGCGUGACCCGGACACGGGGAACUCCAAGGGCUACGCCUUCAUCAACUUUGCCAGCUUCGACGCCUCGGACGCCGCCAUCGAGGCCAUGAAUGGCCAGUACCUCUGCAACCGGCCCAUCACAGUCUCCUAUGCGUUCAAGAAGGACUCCAAGGGGGAGAGGCACGGCUCAGCCGCCGAGCGCCUCCUGGCCGCCCAGAACCCGCUGUCCCAGGCCGACCGCCCCCACCAGCUCUUCGCCGACGCCCCCCCGCCACCCACUGCCCCUGCACCCGUCAUCACCUCGCUUGGGACUGGGAUCCCCAUGCCAGGCCUGCCCCCUCCUGGUGCAUUUCCCCCUGUACCACCCCCUGGCUCGAUGCCACCAGGAAUGCCUCCUGGGAUGCCAAUGCCCCCAGCUCCAGGGACCCCGGGACCCCAGGGAGCGGCAGGAGCACCCCCACCUGGACCACCGCCAUUCCCGCCUGCUGGCAUGCACCCCCCAGGAAUGCCCCAGAUGCCUAUGCCCCCUCCUGGCCCCCCAGGGAUGGUGCCCCCGCCACCAGGUCCUCCUGGGUCCAACCAGCAUCGGGCACCCCCGCCCCCAGGCAUGCCCCCGCAUGGACCACCCAUGGGCAUGCCACCAAGAGGACCCUUUGGCCCCCCCAUGGGCCCGCCCAUGCACCCAGGGAUGAGGGGACCCCCUCCCAUGCCCCCUCCAGGCUACGGCGGAGGCCCCCCUCGCCCACCUCCCUUUGGCUUUCAGAGAGGGCCCCCCAUGCCGCCCCGUCCCCCUGCCCCCCCAAGGGGCCCCAUGAGAGGACCAAUGCCUCCUUAGACACCUCACCCUGAAAUCGUAGAUUUCCCCCUU